UUCAUAUGAUGCAGUCAUAUGACGGUAAACAUUUUACCUGAUGGGUUGCACCUGAGUUGUAACCCCCUCUAAUGUUUGACGUUAUCGUGGGCUUGUUGGUGUACCAGCCGCUGAACACAUAUCCGCGCUAAGCGUCGCAGUAGCAUCCCCGCAGUAGUUACCAGGAGGGCUAACCUGCUGUAGCCAUGCUAGCCGUGUUUAUCAUAGUAGCUGCUGUAGUUUCUCAAACGGCGGCUCGGUACAGCGCGAACUGGACGAGUCUGGACGCCAGACCGCUGCCCUCAUGGUACGACGAGGCUAAGGUGGGGAUUUUUAUCCACUGGGGAGUGUUUUCCGUCCCCGGGUUUGGCAGUGAGUGGUUCUGGUGGCACUGGCAGGGCCAGCAGCCUCCGGACCAGAAGUGUGUGAGCUACAUGUCGAAGAACUACCCGCCUGGGUUCAGCUACCCGGAGUUUGCGCCCCAGUUUCACGCGCAGUUCUUCGACCCGGAGGAGUGGGCCGACAUAUUCAAGGCUUCUGGUGCAAAAUAUGUCGUCCUGACUGCCAAACACCACGAAGGAUUUACUAACUGGGGGUCUCCAAACUCCUGGAACUGGAAUUCAGUCGAUUCUGGUCCUCACAGGGACCUAGUGGGAGACCUGGGAGAGGCGGUGCGCAACAGGUCAUUGCACUAUGGACUCUACAACUCCUUAUACGAGUGGUUCCACCCGCUAUAUCUGAUGGACAAGAAGAAUGGAUUCAAAACGCAGGCGUUUGUGAUGCAUAAACUUCUACCAGAGCUCUAUAACAUGGUUGUAAGGUACAGACCUGAGGUGAUCUGGUCUGAUGGGGACUGGGAAGCACCCGACACCUACUGGAACUCCACCCAGUUCCUGGCCUGGCUCUACAAUGACAGCCCUGUCAAGGAUACUGUUGUGACCAAUGACAGAUGGGGAGCUGGCUGUGCGUGUAAACAUGGUGGCUACUAUAACUGUGAAGACAAAUACACUCCAGGCCAGCUGCCCAAGCACAAGUGGGAGAAGUGCACAUCUGUAGACACCUUUUCCUGGGGUUACCGUCGAAACAUGAAGAUGAGUGAGCUGAUGGACUUGCCCACUAUCAUAGAGGAUCUGGUUUACACUGUGGCUCUGGGAGGUAACUACCUUCUGAAUGUGGGUCCCACACCUGAUGGGAUGAUCCCUGCGGUGUUUGAGGAGAGGCUGAGGGGUGUAGGAGCCUGGCUAGGGAUAAAUGGGGAGGCCAUCUAUGCCUCAAAACCCUGGAGGAUCCAGACCGAGAACACCACUGUACCAGUCUGGUAUACAUCUAAAGGAGCAUCUGUAUAUGCCAUCAUGACAGCUAAACCCCCCAAGCCCACACUGAAACUACUGGGACCUAAAACAUCAGCAGCCACUAAGGUGACCUUGUUGGGGAAUCCAAAGCCUUUACCCUGGUCCCCCCUCCUCCCCAGUGGUGGACUUAUUGUCCUUCUGCCUGAACUGCCUUACUCCCCCGGUCAAGCAUGGACACUCAAACUGGACGGUAUCCAGUGAGCCUUAAACCCCCCAGACACUACAAAGUUGAGUAUUUAGAAUUUCUUCAUCUCAGAAUCAUCACGCUUGUGGUAUAAGGGGAACUUACGCACUGUGGUUGAAGGGACCGGGCUUAUGUAAUGUUUUAAGUAUUUUUGCCAAAAUGAAAGGGAACGCUCCUCUUUAUCAAUUCCUUUAUAGCUCGGAGGAUGAAAGGUUGAAUGUGUCACUGUCUCUUAAUUGUGCUCUCUUUGGAAUCAUGAAAUAGUUAUGAAUGGAAAGUGGAAUCUGCUGUUCAGCGUGUAAAACUUUCCUGGCAUCCUCUCAGCGGUCUAAUUGUGGGUUUAGAAAUAAUUCAUUUGUUCGAGUGGUUUGUUUGAAAAUCAGCAGUUUACAUGUGAAGCACUUUUAUAGUUUUUUUUACUGUGUGCUGUGAAAAAUGAUUGAAUAAAAGAUGAUUUGUC